AUGACCAGUGCGGAGGCAAGGCUGGCCUGGAGAAACUACAUGUACGUGCGCGCUGCCCCCGUAUCUGCCAACCACGGUACCUACCAGAGCCUUCCCACGCCUCGGACGUCCCAGCUGAGGGCAGAGGAAGUAUCGGUGACAUACAGUCAUCCAGUGGGUUGUGACCUGAUUCAUGAGACCCUCUAUGGAUACGAUCAAGGAGUCUUCGGCGGAUUGCUCACGAACCCUCUUUUCCAGUCGACCUUCGACAACCCCAACCCAACGAUUCAGGGCCAGAUUACUUCCACAUACUACCUUGGCUGCGUCUUCGGGGCCGUCGUUUCUCGGUUCGUAGGAGAUUUCCUUGGCCGGAGACAAGCUAUCAUGCUGGGCUGCACACUCUUGACCGUUGGAGGUGCCAUCCAAGCGACUUCUUUUGGCCUGCCUCAACUCUUUGUUGGCCGAAUUGUCGCAGGCCUCGGGACCGGACUGAACACCACCGCCAUUCCAAUGUGGCAUGUCGAGUCGGCGAAAGGCUUACAUCGGGGAAAGCUUGUGACUCUGGAGCUCGUCUUGAACAUCUUUGGCAUCGUCAUCGCCCAUUUUCUCAACUAUGGUCUUUCGUUCGAAACUCAGAGCGCGGUCUCGUGGCGAUUUCCCGUCGCAUUCCAAUGUUUCUUCGCAAUCCUCACCUUCUCGCUUGUCCUCGUGCUGCCUGAGUCGCCACGCUGGUUGAUACUUCGAGACCGACAAGAAGAAGCGGCCGCUGUUGUCGCUCGCUAUCAUACUCUCCCGGCAUCAGAUGUUCACGUCCGUGCCAUCGUUGAGGGCAUCGCGGAGAGCGUCGCUCAGGAAGUCGCGGACUCUAAAGGCUCCUCUUGGAAAGAGAUGUUCCACAAUGGGCGGCAACAGAACUUCCGACGCAUCUGCUUGGGUGCUGGCACAGCGUUCAUGCAGCAACUCGCCGGCUGCAAUAUCGUGGCCACUUACCUGCCUGUCGCACUUGAAAAUUCCAUCGGCCUGGGCCAUCACCUUUCCUUGAUUCUCGCCGGCUGCAACGAGAUAUCUCUCAUGUUCUGGGGUGCCUUCUCGAUCUUGCUCAUCGAUCGGUGGGGCCGGAAGCCGCUUCUCCUUACCAGCUCGCUUGGCAUGGCCAUCUCGCUCUUCCUCAUCGCCAUUGCGCUCUCGUACGGAUUCGAGAACUCCGGCAUCAUGGCAACCGUGGCCAUCUUCCUCUACAACGUGUUCUUCGGUCUUGGCUUGCUGGCCAUCCCCUGGCUGUAUCCGGCCGAGAUCAACUCUCAGAGCAUGCGGAACACCGGAGCAUCGAUAUCGACGACUACCAACUGGCUCUUUGUGUACGUGGUCGUGCUUGUCACGCCUCUCGGGAUCAGCAACCUCGGAUACGGCUAUUACCUCAUGUUUGGCUUGUUCACGCUGACAUUCCUGCCGUUUAUCUGGUACUUUUACGUGGAAACAGCCGGUCUCACGCUGGAGCAAAUCGACCAAGUCUUUGAGCUAAGGUAUAAUACGGAAAACGCCAUCUCGUAUAGUCAGGCAAGGCGCGAAGUAAUAGCCUCGCCGUCAUUAAUGCCGCGUUCUAGCAAGAACGGGCUAGCCGCCGAGAAGGAGAAUAUUAAGCGCCGGGAUUAG